AUGCUUCUCUUUUUGCCCUUUCUUGGAAAUGUAGUGUUCAAAAAAAAAAAGAAAAAACAAACAGAAGCUGUCAAUUUUGAACAAGUCGAUAUCGAAGUGUGUAAUUUUCUCGAAACACUUAUAAAGAGAUCAAUAACUUCAAACAGUUUGUCUUGUUCAUACACACAUAUAUUUUCUUUGCGAAUUAACAGAAUAUCAAUAGGGCUCACACCAUAUCUGUCGUUGAUUUCUACAAUCUUUACUCAAACAAUGUCUGAUAACGAAUCUAUCACUGCAAACAAAAAGGUAGCGGAUUCUAUUCCUUCUGUUGAAAAAUCGAAGACCGAUAAUGGAGGUUGGAAUUUUCUCAACAUCUCUUUAUUGGGGAUAGUACUAGCUUUAUUGGCCACUGUGAGUGUCUUAUACCAGGCCAACAGCAACGUUGCUCCAGUUAUCGAGAAGAUUUAUGUAACCGAAACCGUCACGGCAACUACCACCGAAACUAGCAUAUCUACUUCAGUUAGCAUAAGUACUUCUGUCAGUGUCAGUUCCACUACUGCAUAUGAAACUAAAACUGUUGAAAAAAGAGCUGAAUCCUCUGGUAAUACAUCUCCAAAAAGGGACAGUGAUAUCAUUGAAAUGAAAUUUCACAAAGAUCCAAGAAUGAUCAAUGCUGGAAGAGAUGAGGACUAUCAGAUGCCUUCCUCUGAUAAAUCUCAAAAAGUUGUCCACCCAUUGGAUGAUGGUGUCAAAGUCAAAGCUGCAAUGGUUACACUAUGUAGAAACGGUGAUUUAUGGACUUUAGUUAAAACAAUCAGAGACAUUGAAGACCGUUUUAACGGAAGAUACCAUUACGACUGGGUUUUCUUGAACGAAGUAGAAUUCACUGAAGAAUUCAUCGAUGUUGUUUCAUCUUUAGUAUCUGGUAAGGUCAAGUUUGGUUUAAUUGAAGAAAAACAGUGGUCGAUUCCUGAUUUUGUCGAUGAAGAUAUACUAGACAACGUUCGAGAUGAAAUGUUUGAUAACGAGGUUUUGUAUGGUGAAUCUGUUUCUUACAGACAUAUGUGUCGUUUCCAAGCUGGUUUCAUUUUCCAACAUCCAUUAUUGGCUGAAUAUGACUAUUCAUGGAGAGUCGAUUCUGAUAUCAACAUAUUUUGUAAUAUUCCAUACGAUAUAUUCAAGUUUAUGCAAGUAAACAAAAAGAAGUACGGUUUCAUUUUAUCUUUAGUCGAAUAUGAAAGUACCAUUCCAACAUUAUGGACUCAUGUCAAAAAAUUUAUUGGCAUGCAUCCUGAAUAUUUAAAUGACAACAACUUAAUGGAAUUUAUUUCCGAUGACGACGGUGAGACGUUCAAUGGAUGCCAUUUCUGGACUAAUUUUGAAAUCAUAGAUCUAAACUUCUUUAGAUCACAAGCCUACCAAGAUUACUUCAACUAUCUAGAUAGAACAGGUAAUUUUUUUUAUGAAAGAUGGGGUGACGCUCCAAUUCAUUCUAUUGCUGCCGCUUUAUUCUUGGAUAGAGAGGAAGUACAUUUCUUCGAUGGUUUAGGAUUUUACCAUCCUGAUUUCUUAUCCUGUCCAACAGAAGAAAGCAUCAGAUUCCAAAACGCUUGCACUUGUGAACCUGCUAAGGAUGUCACUUGGUGGACUUUCUACUUCUGUACAAGGCAAUUUUUCAGAGUCAAUGGGUUAGACUUACCACCAGAUGUUCUAGAAGUGUAA